AUGCGGAGAGUACUUUUGCUUCUGUUUGGUGCAGGGGGAACACAAGGCGGGGUCAAGAAACUGGCGCAUGAAAAUCCUAUUCCGUAUCAUAAAUGGUUUCUCGAGGAAAGCACUCGAGCUCUUUUAAACCCUAUUCAUCACCCUUUAGUUACAGAGUAUUUUAUUCGAUUAAAUCAAAAGCAUAAGGAGCUUGAAAGAUUACAGGAGCAGGGCAAAACAGAUGCAUUACGUGCAUUGAAAAGUAAGCUUAAUGGAAAGCCCUUUGAUCAUGUUAUGUGGAACAUUCAAUAUCGAGAGGAGCUUGACGUUGCUGAGGUAAUUUCUGGUUACUUGUUGAAACUGAAUGAUAAUGUAAAAUUGAGAGAUCAAAUUCGUUUAGUGAAGGAUACAAACAGAGAAGAGCGGGACCUUCUUUUGAUGCUGGAAGAAGAUAUUGAAUCUCUUUUGGGCCAGGUACGGGAGCUGGAUGAUCAGGUAAAUGGAGUGAUGGCACGUCGGCUUGAAUCUAGUGACGCACUAGGAUCCGCAAGUCGUGCAUGGAUAGUGGAAGUGGCCGGGAAAGCGGGCGGUGAAGAGGCCUCGUUGUUUGCGACUGAGCUAGCUGGGAUGUACCAGGCUUAUGCUGUGGAUGUCAGAAAUUGGCGUAUCGAAGCAGGUAAGGAGGGAGCAGGCAGAGGGGGAGGAACAGGAUUGGCUGGUGGUGACGGUGGUGAUGCCUCUGCAUUCACGGCUCCAGUCCUUGCCAGUACUGGGGUAAAAUUUCAAGCAAUAGGUGACGGUGUUUAUCGCAAUUUUCGCCAUGAAAUUGGCGUUCACAAGGUGCAGCGGGUUCCUGUUACCGAUCAAGGCGGCAAGAUGCAAACUUCCACGGCGGUGGUAACGCUUAUGCCUUUACUUGAUCCUGUGUCUGUGGACGUUCAUGAAAGCGACUGCAAGAUUGAGUUUGUGAGAGGUUCUGGUCCUGGUGGCCAGGGUAUGCAAAGCAGUUCCAACGCAGUAUGUCUCACACAUCUUCCCUCUGGUAUUUCUGUGAAGUGCCAUCAGUCCCGAUCUGCCCUAGGAAACAAAGAAUGUGCUUUGCAAACGGUCGCCCAACAAUUGUUGGCACGACGCGUCAAGGACCAAAACUCGUCUCUUCACGAGGCCUGGAGAAUGCAAUGGAGUAGUGGUGAAAGAUCAGAUAAGAUGCGUACGUACAACUAUCCUCAGAAUCGCGUGACGGACCACCGACUUGGCAAGGAUUUCCCCUUGAGUGCGUUUAUUGAGGGUGGUAAAGGACUAGAGGGUCUACACGAUGACUUGAAUGCAGUAGAGGACAGACAACAGUUGGUUGCCGUGUUGCUGCGACACAUAGAAGGUGAAUUUGUGAGUGUGGCAUGA